AUGUGUGCAUCUGUGUCGGAUAUUCGAGAUUAUACAGAGCGUGAUUUGGAGAGAUUGUAUGAUGAGUGGGAGGAAAACGAUGCAGAUAAAAUGGAGGAGGAAGAACUUCCGCCGUACAAACGACAAGUGCAACAGCCUGAUCUGGAAAAUAUCAUGAAAAAGGCGAAAACGCCGGAAGAGUUAAUGAUGUUAUCCAAGAAGGGGCAGUCUGUAAUGAUGUUUGUGGGCAUUGGUGAUGUUGAUAGCAAACCAGCCGAAAAGUUUUACACGGAGAGGUGGAUUGGAAUAUGGCAAAAUAGUCUCUUCAACAACCAUAUCGAUGUGCAGACCUUUACCAUCGAAAAUAACCGCGCAAUUUUCAUGUUUUCCGAUGGGUCAAAAGCUUGGGAAGGAAAGGAUUUUCUAUUAAGACAGCCGCAAGUAAGCGAAGUGUCGCUGGAGGGACGACAAUAUCCUGGACCUGCCUUCAGAGAAAAAAUUAAGCAAGACUUAUAG